AUAACAACACUCACGACUAGAAUUAGGACAAAUUAGCUAAUAAUAAUCCAGAUGAUGAAAUGAGAUUUCUCAAUUUUCUGCUAUAGUCUCGAGAGAUAAGUUAUAGAUUAUUGACAUAAAGAUUUUGUUAAAAUGGCUGAUAAACCAGAAGGAACAGUUGAGCCACAUGUUGAGAAAACAAGCCCUGCUGAUAAAAAGUCUAAAAAAGAUAAGAAAGCAAAGAAAGAGGGAAAGGAAGUCCAUCAAAAAGAAAAGCCGAAAGCAGAUCCAGAUCAACCUCAAAAAAGUAAAGCAGAGCUCAGAGCUGAGCGACGUGCUAAACAGGAAGCUCAGAGGGCAGCAAAACAAGAAAAGAAAGAUGCAGGGUCUGCAUCGGGGGGUAAGCCAGAGGCCGCAGGAGCAAAUAUAAAGAAAGAGGCCUCAUCAAAAGAUCUCUCUGCUGCAUCAGCAGUGAAGAAAGAACCCAAAAGGGUCCCUGACCAUUUAAAAGCUGACGAUGUAGAGACACAAAAACGAAUUGCAAAGAGACUGGAGAAACAGCGCCUCCCUCAGAGAACUGUUGCUCAGAGAAAAGUUCGACUGUUCAAUCAUCUCCAUCAGUAUGAGAGAGAGGUUUCACUAACAGGGUCUUUCUCCUUUUCGUCUGGAGGAAUACAUCCGGUUAUCAUAAAACUAGGUCUUCAGUAUGCUGAAGGAGUGAUAUGUGGAUCUAAUGCUCGCUGUCUGGCUAUGUUAGCAGCAUUUAAACAGGUGAUUCAAGAUUACACCACUCCUCCUCAAAAAGAGCUCUCAAGAGAUCUGGAAGCCACAAUAAAGCCAUACAUAAGUUUCCUAAAUCAGUGUCGUUUGAUGUCAGUGAGCAUGGGAAAUGCGGUCAAGCAUCUGAAACACCACAUAACUCACAUGCCAAAUAAUCUAAAGGAUUAUGAAGCUAAGAAGAAACUUCUAGAGACUAUUGACAGUUACAUAAGAGAAAGGAUUUUACUUUCUGCAGUAGCCAUUUCAAAAUAUGUGCAGGAUGAGGCAAAAAUAAAAGAUGGAGAUGUUAUUCUUGUGUAUUCAUGUUCGUCCAUUGUUCGCAAAGUUCUCUGCGAUGCCUGGAAUCAAGGGAAAAAGUUCAAGGUCAUUGUGGUAGACGCUCGUCCUAAAAUGGAAGGGAAGGAGAUGUUGAGGAGACUGGUGAGGGCUGGUAUCCCUUGCUCCUAUUUCAUGAUUAAUGCAGCCUCCUACGCAAUGCAAGAGGCUACUAAAGUGAUGCUGGGAGCCCACGCUCUAUUGGCCAACGGCUGCGUGAUGUCCAGGGUAGGAACCUCGCAGAUCGCCCUGAUAGCCAAGGCGUGCAAUGUUCCGGUCCUUGUCUGCUGUGAAACGUACAAGUUCUGUGAGCGUGGACAGACAGAUUCCUUUGUAUAUAAUGAAUUGGGUGACCCUGAUGAUCUGGUGUUUAUCGGCAACAAGACGCCGUAUCUGAAUGACUGGAGGGACUACAGCUCACUGACCCUCCUCAAUCUAGUCUACGACGUGACCCCACCAGAGUUCAUCUCCUUAGUGAUUACUGAAUUAGGACUUAUUCCGUGUACUUCUGUUCCUGUUGUGCUUCGUAUGAAGCAAGCUGAAACUAAUGAGACAUAAGACUUGUAAAAUAAAUACUGUGACUGGCUUGAGA